GGCAUUGGAGGGCCGCGUUUCAGUGUCUUUCAGCUGAAUUUCACCUGAAUUUGCGUGUUGCACUGUGCAGUGUAGUGAUUAAAUACGGAUUACUGUUGUUCACCGGGUAGCGAGAAUGCGGUCUGAUUAGAUAAGAUAAGUUAUGACGCAGGCCGCGCUCAGAUCCGACGCGAAAAUGUUACAGGAAUUCCAAUUCUCAGAAAUUGUAAGACCGUCGAGAGAUCUGAAUGAAAUGAGAAAUUUAAUUUAAAACUUGAGAUGGAUUAUGUUGCGGCCGGUAAUGAAAAUUUCUUCGGCAUGAACUAAGUGCUACAACAGCUAUCUGAAGUACUUUAAAGUGUAGAUAAGUCGAGUGGUGGACGUUUUACAAUUACAAAACAGUAGUGAAUUGUGAAUCUGGUGACAAAGUUAAAGCAAAUAAUAAUACGAAGUUAAUAUUAAAAGCGUUUGGAGAAGUGAUUAAGGGAUUAAUGAAGUUUUUAUUUUCAAUUAGUGCGAUGAUGAAGUGAAGCUAUGGGUUGUCAGUUGGGUAAGCUAGCAGCGUCGGAGCGGCGUGGCGCGGGCGCUUGCGCGGGCCCAGCGGUGGCGGACGCACCGCCGCCGGCCACGGAUCCUCGGCUGCCGCUCACCGCAAAGCAGAAGUACUCCAUGUUGGCUUCAUGGAAAGGCAUCUCUAGAGCAAUGGAGAAGACUGGAAUUUGCAUGUUUAUCAAGUUAUUCGAAGAAAAUCAAGAUCUUCUGCAUAUGUUCGAGAAGUUUCGUCAGUACAGAACCAAAGAGGAGCAGAUCAACUCCACGGAGCUCGCGGAGCACGCGAACAAUGUAAUGAACACUUUGGACGAAGGCAUCAAAGGUCUGGACGAUUUGGACAACUUUUUCGCGUAUAUUCAUCAAGUAGGCGCCAGUCAUAGACGGAUACCCGGAUUCAAAGUUGAAUAUUUUUGGAAAAUCGAGGCGCCAUUUUUAGCGGCCGUGGAAACCACGCUCGGAGAUCGCUACACACCCAACGUCGAAAAUAUAUAUAAAAUUACAAUUAAGUUUAUCUUAGAAACUCUUAUAGAAGGUUACGAGAAAGCCGGAACCCCCGGCAACUCCACGUGAACCAAAGUAUUACCAAAAUAACGGAAACCAAACCUCGAAUAAAUAACCAAUUACAACUAUCAAAGUUUAGAAAGUUUAAUGUGUCAAUUUACCGUAUAAAACAUAUUCAUCCAUCCAACGAAAAAAGCUACAUCUCUUCGAUGUAACUCUUUACGUUAGACGGUUUGAGAUGAUAAUGCGUUUUUCAAUUAGCUGUUAUGUAUAUUAAAUGUGAAUAAUUUAUGUAUAGUCGAUGUUAACACUUUUCUUCGCGAUAGUACUUUAUGAAGAUUUAUGAGUCGAUGGAAAUUUAGAUUUAUUUGAUGUUACGCAUUUAUUACAUGUCAAUGGAUAACUUAGUAAUUGCUGGUAAGUAUUAUAAACAGUAUUAAGAUAAUUCCUUAUUAUGGUAAAGUUUAGUGGACUGCAUAUUUUAGUAAUAA